CGAAGGAGAGAAAGAGUUACUGAAAGCAUAGUGGUGAUCGUGGUGAUAGUGGUCUCGCUCUGGACGUGAUUUCGACACGAUCUCGACGAUGUCGUAUGGUGGUUGUUGUGUAUAGGUAUUACGUGUGGUUGAAUGUUUUGUUGAUGGAAAUGAAUGGGUUAAAGGGACGCUGGUGUUGGCACCAGCCCACUUGACGUGGGUUGGGACCAAUGAAACGAAGCAAACCAAGUGAUAUGAUUAUUGUUUUUGAAAGAAUUUGUUUCGUCAGUUUAUUUUGACACAUUGAAAUCGUUGACAAUGGUGUCCAGGGGAGACAGAGCAAGCUUUUCCAAGAGUCCCUCAACUGACAAAUCGAAAGGGUCAGUACAAGACUUUGAAUUUACGGUGCCACCAGAAGCUCCUGUGUUUGAACCAACGAGUGAAGAAUUUCAGGAUCCUUUAGGAUACAUAAGGAAAAUUCGUCCAGUUGCAGAAAAAUCUGGCAUAUGCAAAAUAAAGCCACCACCGGAUUGGCAACCUCCCUUUGCUGUGGAUGUCGAUAAAUUCAAAUUCACUCCAAGGAUUCAGCGUUUAAAUGAAUUGGAGGCAAAAACACGGAUAAAACUAAAUUUUUUAGAUCAAAUAGCAAAAUUUUGGGAACUACAGGGAUCCUCACUGAAAAUCCCAAUGGUGGAAAGGAAAGCCUUAGAUCUUUAUACUUUGCACAGGUUCAUCCAAGAAGAAGGUGGUGUAGAAAUUGCUACAAGGGAAAGGAAGUGGACAAAAGUUGCUGCAAGAAUGGGCUUCCCUCCUGGAAAGGGUUUGGGGACACUGUUGAAAAAUCAUUAUGACAGGAUACUAUAUCCCUUUGACGUGUUUCAGCAGGGAAAACUUGUUGGACAGAUUAAAAUGGAACCAGAGCAUGAUGAAAAUGAGAAGAGAGACCAGGAUUACAAGCCUCAUGGCAUUCCUUCAAGGCAGGCAAUCAAGCCACCACAUGAAAAGUACAGCAGGAGGUCCAAACGAUAUGGCCCUGGUGAUGCUUCUGAUUCUGAUAAUCCGGUUGGGCUCGAUACCUCGGAUGGUAAUGAGAAUAAGGAGCUGAGGAGGCUUCAGUUUUAUGGAGCUGGUCCAAAGAUGGCUGGAUAUCAGACACGAAAAGAGGAGAAGCCUAAAAAUAAAACAAGAGGAAAGAAAGUCAGCUAUGAAUUUGAUCCUCUUGCAAAGUAUGUGUGCCACAAUUGUGGGCGUGGUGAUGUCGAGGAAUCCAUGUUGCUGUGUGAUGGCUGCGAUGACAGUUAUCAUACAUUCUGUCUCAUGCCUCCUCUUCUGGAAAUUCCGAAAGGUGAUUGGAGGUGCCCAAAAUGUGUUGCUGAAGAGGUGAGCAAACCUAUGGAAGCUUUUGGUUUUGAGCAAGCACAGCGGGAGUACACGCUACAGCAAUUUGGAGAAAUGGCUGAUCAAUUCAAAUCUGACUACUUCAACAUGCCUGUUCAUCUGGUUCCCACACCACUUGUAGAAAGAGAGUUCUGGCGAAUUGUUUCUUCUAUUGAUGAAGAUGUUACAGUAGAAUAUGGAGCAGACUUACACACUAUGGAUCAUGGAUCAGGUUUUCCAACCAAGUCCACCCCAGAUUUGCAUCCUGUUGACCAAGAAUAUGCAAAUUCUGGUUGGAAUUUAAACAAUCUUCCUGUCCUUGAAGGUUCAGUUUUGGGUCAUAUUAAUGCAGAUAUUUCAGGGAUGAAAGUGCCAUGGAUGUACGUUGGUAUGUGCUUUGCUACCUUCUGUUGGCACAAUGAAGAUCACUGGAGCUAUUCUAUAAACUAUCUUCAUUGGGGUGAGCCAAAGACGUGGUAUGGUGUGCCUGGCAGCAAAGCGGAAUCUUUCGAAACAUCAAUGAAAAUGGCAGCACCAGAACUUUUUCAGUCACAACCUGAUUUACUUCAUCAGCUUGUUACGAUCAUGAAUCCAAAUAUACUUAUGCAAGGAGGUGUUCCAGUCUGCAGGACAGAUCAACAUGCUGGGGAAUUCGUAGUAACUUUCCCAAGGGCUUAUCAUGCUGGUUUCAAUCAAGGGUACAAUUUUGCUGAAGCUGUCAACUUUGCACCUGCAGAUUGGUUGAAAAUGGGGCGUGAAUGCAUCAGUCACUAUUCCAUGUUACGUCGUUUUUGUGUUUUCUCUCAUGAUGAGCUUGUGUGCAAAAUGUCUUUGGACCCAGAUGCCUUGGACCUUACUGUAGCUGCUGCCACAUAUCAGGAUAUGCUGCAGAUGGUGGACAGUGAAAAGAAAAUGAGGAAAUCACUGCUUGAAUGGGGUGUGACUGAAGCUGAAAGAGAAGCAUUUGAAUUGCUGCCUGAUGAUGAGAGGCAGUGUGAAGUAUGCAAAACAACUUGCUUUUUGUCAGCUGUAACAUGUAGUUGCAAUGCAGAACAUCUGGUUUGUCUUCGGCAUUAUUCAAGUCUAUGCUCAUGCCCACCAGACAAGCAUACACUAAGGUAUCGGUACACACUGGACGAGCUGCCUGUCAUGUUGCACAAGUUGAAGCUACGGGCAGAGUCCUUUGAUAACUGGGUAUCAACUGUGAAAAAUGCACUGGAUUUAAAUGCUUCCAAAAAGUUAGACCUUACCGAGGUUAAAUCAUUGUUGCAAGAAGCUGAACAGAAAAAGUUUCCAGAAUCAGAGUUGCUGCAGGCGUUAAUGCAAGUUGUCACUGAAGCCGAGAAGUGUGCAAGUGUUGCCCAGCAACUGUCCUGCAAGAAAGUUCGCACAAGAACACGUCAGAUCACAGAAGCGAAGUAUAGAUUGACAGUGGAAGAACUGUCGUUAUUUUAUGAACAAAUAGAAAGUUUGCCAUGUACAAUAAAGGAAGGUGAAGGAGUGAAAGAAUUGCUUGAUAAAGUUAAAGACUUCCAGAAGGAGGCAACUGACCUUUUAAGUCAGGAAAUGCCAGAGUCACGAUUGCUGGAUAAAUGUAUAGAAAAUGGUGUUAUAUUGGAUAUUGAGCUGCCAGAAAUUCCCAAGCUCAAGCAGACCUUAGAUCAGAUGAAGUGGCUAGAAGAUGUGAGAGAUCUGCAAGAAGAUCCAGAGCAAGUCACUUUGGAGUCGCUCAGGAAGCUGCUGAACAUUGGUGUAAGCCUGCCCCCACAUUCAGCUGUAGAGAAGUCCAUGGCUGAGCUUCAGGAACUUCUGACACAGGUAGAAAGAUGGGAAGAAAAGGCAAAGGUCUGCUUACAGGCGAAAUCCCGACAAACAAUCUGUACUAUAGAAACACUUUUGAAGGAAGCAGAGGCCAUUCCAGCAUUUCUUCCCAAUAUUGGAACCUUAAAAGAUGCUCUUAAAAAGGGAAAAGAAUGGUCUACAAAAGUAGAAACAAUUCAGAGGGCUGAAAAUUUCCCCUAUAUGGAUGCUUUGGAAUUGCUUGUAAACAAAGGGCGGAGCAUCCCUGUUCGUCUGGAACUGCUUCCACAACUAGAGUCACAGCUGAAUGGUGCCAAGACAUGGAAAGAACGAACAGCUCGUACCUUUUUGAGGAAGAACUCACAUUACACACUAAUGGAAGCAUUGUCACCAAGAGUUGAAGUGGGUGUGUCGGCUUUGAAACAGAAAAAACGUCGUUUCCGUGAAGAUAAUUCGCCAGUUCUUAUUGCUCCAGUAGUUUGUGAGGUUAAAUUGGAUGGAGAUGUGGACCCUGCCGCUGUUGUUGCAGCUUUCAAGGGAGCAGAGGAGCAGGAGAUGGUUGCUAUGCGUGAUCUGCGUUUAGAGAACCUGAAGAAGAGAGUGAGUGACACUGGAGAGGCUAAAUAUUGCAUAUGCCGUCGUGGGGUUUCAGGUGUCAUGUUACAGUGUGAAUUGUGUAAAGACUGGUUCCAUGCCACGUGUGUACCACUUCCAAAGAGCUCUAGCAACAAAAACAAGCAACAAACUCCAGCACAACAACUUGUUGCUGCUGCAUCUAGAGAACUCAAGUUCCUGUGCCCCUGUUGCUUGAGGUCUCGUCGGCCUCGUCUUGAAACAAUUCUAUCUCUCCUUGUAUCUCUUCAAAAACUUCCAGUACGUGUCCCUGAAGGGGAGGCUCUUCAAUGUCUCACAGAACGGGCAAUGAACUGGCAGGAUCGUGCUCGUCAAGCCCUUGCCACAGAAGAACUUGCGUCUGCUCUUGCAAAGCUGUCUGUCCUGUCACAAAAACUGGUUGAGGCUGUUGCACGUGAGAAGACUGAAAAAAUAAUUAGUAGUGAAUUAAAGAAAGCUGCCAGCAAUCCUGAGCUACAUCGUCGUGUGCAAGCCAUCUCAUCCCUCAGGGGUGUACAGAGCGAAGAUUCUCUGGGAUCACAGCCAAGUCCACCACAACUAGGAGAAUCCAGUGGCAUGGAGGCGGAAGCUGCCGGUAACUGUUUGCAUGACUCACUGGAUCAAGCUAAUGAUCAGUCUCGUACAUCAUUUCCCCAAGAUGAUGAUGAAGAUGAUGAUGAUGACGAUGAUAAUGAUUCGGUGUUAACAUCGGCUAAUUUGAGAACAGAUGAAGAUGAAGAUUCACACUAUGAAGAAUGCUGCAAUUCUUACAGCAACUCAGAACAUGCUUAUUCCUCAGCUUCCAAACUAGGGUUAGGAGGAUGCAAGAAACAUGUUCGCAAGACUCCGUUAGUGCCUCGACAGCUGGAACAACCUGUACUGGCUCUUAGCGAGAUGGCUCGAGCUCAGCUUGAGGAGCUGAUGAUGGAAGGUGACCUUCUGGAAGUCUCUCUUGAUGAAACUCAACAUAUAUGGAGAAUUCUUCAGGCCACAAAACCUCGUCAAGAAGAGAAGUUUCCAGAUUUUGAAGAGCUGGAGCAUGAAUUGUUGCAGAACAAGCUGGAGAAACAGAAACUGAAGGACAAGCGAAAAGCUAAGAAACGUACUCCAGAAGAACUGGAAUUUGUGGGUGGAAGUAAGAAACUUAAGGUUAAAAUGGGAAAGGAAUUUGAGGAAAGGAAUAAAAAAUUGAAAGAGAAAAAGAAAUUCAAAGAACAGAAGGAAUCUAUAAAGAAAGUCCGUAAGAUAAAACGAAGAGUUGAAACAUUAGACAGGAAAAAAUCUUGUCCUCGUGUGAAGAAAACCAAACAGGAAUGUUCAGAUGAUGAUGAGGAUUGUGCUGCUCCUACUUGUCUCCGACCAACAGGACACGAAGUAGAUUGGGUACAGUGUGAUGGAGGCUGUGACAAGUGGUUUCAUUUGCACUGUGUUGGUCUUGAUAAAGAUGACAUUAAUGAAGAUGAGGAUUAUAUAUGUAAGAAUUGCAUGCCAUUGCAAGAACAUGAGCCGGAACAUGAACGGGAACAUGACCAGGAUGACAGCUGCCGUGUUGUUGAAGAAGAAGUAGAUAUAUCUCGUGUGAAGAUGGAAAUGAACAAUGUGGAUGAGACUAUGGGGCUGGAUGCAUUGCUGUCUUUAGCUAAUGGCUUGCCUAGCCAUGAUUCAUCACUGGAAGAUCCUUUGGCAAUGAGCGCUGGUGACUGGGUUACAUCAGGAUGUCAUGGAAAUGAAUAUGGAGAGGGUGAGAAGGACCUAGAGGACUCAUCAACAGGACCUUCUUUAUCUACAUUUACUUCUGUCUCUGAAGAGAUACAGCCUGCGAAGGGGGGUGCUAGUGAUGACAGUAGUUUCUCAAGACAAGACUGACUGUGAUGGUCUGAUCAUCAGAAUACUGACAUCAUAGGAAAGUGACAGUGUUGUUAUUUGGUUGGCUGGCUGUGCAGCUAGUUAGAAUUCACAUGGACUGCCUUUGCGUUCAAGUGGGGGGGAGGAGGAGGAGGAGGAGGAGGAGGGUGUUGGCAAACUAAUUGUAUAGAGAAGAUUUCAAACUAAAAUAUUGUAAACUUACUUGGAAUAGAUGUUCACCUUAGCCAACAUGAUAAUAUUUUCAUUAUUUAUGAUUAUAUGAAGGAGGACUUAAAGAAUUGUAGGCUCCAGACUAUUCCAUCCACCCAGAAUUCAGAAGCUGAACUGUGGAUGAAGUGUUUGUGAAAAUCAGUUUAAACCUUCAUGGAGAUAUGUGUUAGUAUGCCAUCUUCCAGUCAGUAUAGCUUCCUUCACUUUACUCUUGACUGUCCUGUCUUCCCUAAAUGUACCAUCUCUCUCUAUACUUUAAACCUAUAUUUUUUCCAUCCUUGUCUCUCUUUUGCAUCAUAAACUCCUUUCAUAAUCCCCACUGUCUCAUAGCAUGUCCUUGUGCUUUCUCCCCAGCUUUGUUUUGUUUACUUGUCAAAAUCUUAAACACUUUUUUUUUUCAGAUCUCUUACUUUCCAUCCAUAACAGUGAAAGGUUUGCUCCACUGGCAUACACUUAGUAGGAUAACAAUAUAUGGCAGGAGUUUUAGAUAAGGGAAGGAUUUCAGAUUGGUGUGUAGCUGCAUGAGCUGCAUGCUGAGCAGUGACAUAAGUUGCCUGCUUGAGCAGAACUGCUUGUAAGAUGGACAAGGCCAAAACAUGUGUUCGACUCAUUUCAUGAUCUCUCCUAUAUUGAUGUGUAAAUGGACUUUGUACUGGAAGAAAAUGUGCAGACUUAUUAUUCAUACAAACUGCCCUCCUCGCCCCAUAUCUCAGUAUGUAAAGAACUGGUGAGUUAGAAUCCCCCACAUUGAAUACAGGUAGAAGGAUUUGGGCACAGAACUAGAUUUCUCUUCAGAUUCAGGCCUCUCUGAAGUGAACAGCAACAUCCCCAUCUUAACUGGUGUAAUCCUGCUUGCAUUUCCUCCAGUAGCUUCAUUCUGACAUCAGCAAGUUGUUAGAAAGAUGAGAUAAUUUCAUGGAAAUGUGAACAUAAAUAUUAGUGUGUCUGAAUUUCACUGAAGAGUGAGUUACACUUUCUAACAGUGUGGUGUUUUAAAUAUUUUUAUUUUUCGUAUAGUAUUGUGGAAUGAAGACAGCCAGGAGAUACGAAAUGUGAAAAAGAGACAAAUGAUGAGUUUUUUGUACAGUUCACAUGUUCAGUAAUCCAAGUGACCCUUUAAAUUGUGACUAAGCAGCAUUGUUUAGUUUCAUGGACAUUUUUUGUUUUGUAGAAUGUCUGGGUUGUAGAUUUAAUUAUUAAAUUGUGAUCUUUUUCUCUGUCUACAAACAUUUACCAAACAAACUUAUUUUCUUUUGCCUGGAAGCAGAACAGGACAAAUGAAACAAGCCCAUUUUUGUAUGGAAACUUUUCUUAGUUAAUUAGACAAUCAUAUAUUCAGUGUGUGAAGUAUGUUUCUGUUGACUUUGUGUAAUCAAUACAGGUUCAAUAAAAAUAUCUCCUUUUCCUUCUCAUUUUGUGUAUCUAUGACUGUACAUGCAAUGUAACCAGCAGUACAAGGGUAUUUACAUUUGUGUAUUGUGAUGGUUUAACAUCACCAUUGUGCAUGACAUUUCUCUGUAUUUCAGGAAAUUAUUAUACACAAGGACUGAA